UAGCGGGGGGGCUAUGUUCGGGGUUUCCUCCGAGAUGUAUGUCUACGCAGUAGCCGAGGGGACAAAGCUACUCCGGAGUACAAUUGUACAACAACUCCCCGUCUACGAAUAGCUCAGCUGGCAGAUUUUGACUGAGCAUUAUACACAAUGGCACUGAAUGAAAUCAAGGGCCGACUGGCACUGGUUACAGGUGCAUCUGGAGGAAUCGGAGCAGCAUGCGCACACCAACUUGCCCAGAAGGGCGUUCAUCUAGCCCUCACCUACUCCAGUAACAAGACAGCAAUGGACAGUCUGGUCGAAGAGCUCAAAACCAAAUACCCCACGGUCGACGAUAAACCCCUUCGCAUAUCAGCCCAUCAGGUGGACGUUGCCUCCGCAGAAAAAAUACAGACAAUGUUCGAGCAGAUCGAUCAGCAACAUGGCCAGCGACCGGAUAUCCUCGUUUCCAACGCCGGAUACGGCAAGCGCGUGCCGCAGGUUUGGGACAUUACACUCGAAGAAUUCGAUCAUACGAUCAACGUCAACCUCCGCGCCUCGUUUAUCCUUGUGAAGGGUGUUGUCGAGCACAUGAGGGACCAACGAUGGGGUCGGAUUGUGUUCAUGUCUUCGAUAGCUGGGUAUGGUGGAGGGAUUAAUGGAUGCCAUUACGCCUCUUCCAAAGCUGGCAUGACCGGUAUGAUGAAGAACCUGUCGACUCGUCUGGCAGAACACAACAUCAGCGUCAACGACGUUGCACCAGCAAUCAUCGGGGAUACAGGAAUGAUCCCCAACGCUCAGUCGGUCCCUGAGAUCGCAGCGAGUAUACCACUUGGUCGGGUGGGGACGCCUGAGGAGGUUGCUAAUGUGGUGACUAUGCUUGUUACGACUGGUUAUAUGACUGGGCAGAGUCUCCUGCUGGCAGGAGGGUUGAAGUAGUAUACGAGGUAUAUAGAUGGCGUUUUCCCCAAUGAUAUUAUAUAGUUAUAACUGUCUGGUUCUCUUGGACAUAUAUUCAUCUACCUAUACGCUCCAGAU